GCGACCAAAACAAAAACAAAAGAAAAAAAGAUUUCGAUUUUAGUCCCGGGUCAAAAUAAGUUCAAAAGAAAUUGGUUUUGCGAUAAGGCGAGCUACGAUUUUCGUCCCGAGCACUAAACGUAACGAGCGUGUUUUGAAGCCGCUCACUUGUCAACGAAACAGCCCCGGAAUCGGAUCACACAAUCACUUGUUUUUGACUGGCAAAAGCAUGGUUUUCAUUACAAAAUUGACACGGAUCGGGUUCCAGGCGGCCCGCCAGCUGCGCGCCACGCCUCUUGCCGCCCUCCAGGGGCGCGGCUUCCACCUGAGCAGCCUGCUGAGCGCGGAACGUCGCUACACGAACAACCAUGAGUGGGUGGAGCUGGUGUCCGGGAACAAGGCCAUUGUGGGCAUCUCCAGCUACGCUCAGGAGUCGCUGGGCGACGUGGUCUUCGCCCAGCUGCCGGAACCGGAUACAGACCUCAAGCAGAACGACGAGUGCGGGGCCCUGGAGAGCGUGAAGGCGGCCAGCGAGGUGUACUCGCCGGUCAGCGGCAAGGUGACGGAGAAGAAUGCUCAGGUGGAGGACACGCCGGCCCUGGUGAACAGCAGCUGUUACGAAAAGGGUUGGCUCUUUAAGGUUGACCUGAAGAAUCCCCAGGAGCUGGAUAGCCUUAUGACCGAGGAACAGUACAAAGACUUUGUGAAAGGCAGUGCCGAUCACUAGACCGAGCCAGCAGCCAGCAGCCAGCCAGCGAUCAGCGAGCAGAGACCCAGCAUUUGUUAUCACUCGAAAACACACACCAAAACUCAUCGCCACCCCACACGUUGUUGUAGCUCUGACAUUUGUUACAAAUAAGAAUCGACAGUAAAGCCAAAUAUUAUAUUUAAA